AUGAAAUCCAAACCAGAAUUAUUAUUCAUGACAUUUUCACUGCUGCUAUUAUCCAAGUGUUCUUCAUUUUCAGUUCAAGAAUCAGAAGCUGUCGAAACUCUACUGCACCGUCUAGAUGCCAAGAAACCGUCACCUCCCCAACAAGAAUCUGCGGCGAUGGGUGUUCUUCGGAGGCUACUCCCAACCCAUUUGUCCAGCUUCAAAUUCAAGAUUAUAUCAAAGGAUGUUUGCGGUGGAAGAAGCUGCUUUCAAAUCAGCAAUUACAAGAGUUCAAGUAGAGACUCGACUGAAAUAAUGAUAAAAGGAACCACAGCAGUUGACAUCACAUCAGGACUACACUGGUAUCUAAAGUACUCAUGUGGAGCUCAUGUUUCGUGGGACAAGACGGGUGGUGCCCAACUCAGUACUGUUCCCGAGCCUGGAUCACUCCCUCCAGUGAAUGAUGAGGACGUGAUGAUUCAACGUCCAGUACCAUGGAACUAUUAUCAAAAUGUCGUCACGUCUAGCUAUUCCUAUGUUUGGUGGGACUGGGAAAGAUGGGAAAAAGAGAUUGAUUGGAUGGCACUUCAGGGAGUAAAUCUGCCAUUAGCGUUCACAGGACAAGAAGCAAUUUGGCAAAAAGUUUUUGCAGAGUUUAAUAUUACUCAGCAGGAACUAAAUGAUUUCUUUGGUGGACCUGCCUUUCUUGCUUGGGCACGUAUGGGAAACUUACAUGGAUGGGGUGGGCCAUUGACCCAGAAUUGGUUAGAUAAACAAUUGCAGUUGCAAAAACAAAUACUGUCCCGAAUGGUACAGCUUGGGAUGACUCCAGUUCUUCCAGCAUUUUCUGGGAAUGUUCCAGCUGCCAUGAAAGCUAUUUUCCCAAUGGCAAACAUAAGCAGACUUGGGGACUGGAAUACUGUUAAUGGUAAUCCACGAUGGUGCUGCACUUAUCUUCUUGAUCCUUCUGAUCCUUUAUUUGUUGAAAUUGGAGUAGCAUUUAUCAAAAGACAGAUUAAAGAAUACGGUGAUGUCACGGACAUUUACAGCUGUGAUACAUUCAAUGAGAACUCCCCACCUACGAGUGACCCAGCUUAUAUCUCAUCUCUUGGUUCUGCAGUAUAUGAGGCAAUGUCUAAAGCCAACAAUGAUGCUGUGUGGCUAAUGCAAGGCUGGCUAUUCUAUUCGGAUUCAUCAUUUUGGAAACCACCACAGACGAAGGCACUUCUACAUUCUGUUCCAUUUGGGAAGAUGAUUGUGCUCGAUCUUUUUGCUGAUGUCAAACCAAUUUGGAAGUCUUCUUCUCAGUUUUACCAUACACCUUAUAUAUGGUGUAUGUUGCACAACUUCGGUGGGAAUAUCGAGAUGUAUGGCAUAUUAGAUACUGUGGCUUCAGGACCUAUUGAUGCCCGUGUCAGCAAGAAUUCUACAAUGGUUGGUGUUGGCAUGUGUAUGGAAGGCAUAGAACAUAAUCCUGUUGUAUACGAGCUGAUGUCUGAAAUGGCAUUUAGAAGUGGUUCUUUUCAGCUUCAGGAAUGGCUGACAACCUAUUCUCGUAGACGGUAUGGUAAAAAUGUACAGGAAGUAGAAGCUGCUUGGAAAAUUCUUCAUCGAACAAUAUAUAACUGCACUGAUGGAAUUGCGGACCAUAACACAGAUUACAUAGUUAAAUUUCCUGAUUGGGAUCCAUCAGCAAAUAACCAACUUGAUAAGCCUGAUAUAAUUCAGAGGCAUAAAUUUUUGGAUACACAAAAACCGAGAAGGUUCUUUCUUCACGAGACAAGAUCGUCCUUGCCUCGUCCUCACAUGUGGUACGAAAAUAACGAUGCUGUCCAUGCUUUGAAGCUAUUCCUUGCUGCUGGAAACCAACUUGCUGAACUUCCCACGUACAGGUAUGAUUUGGUUGACCUGACUAGACAGUCACUCUCGAAGCUUGCGAACGAGGUGUAUCUGAAAGCAGUACAUGCGUUCUGGAAAAAGGACGCGAACUCAUUAAAUUCUAGUAGCCUCAAGUUCUUACAACUUAUCAAAGACAUAGAUAGGCUUCUUGCUGCAGACGAUAAUUUCCUACUCGGCACCUGGCUUGAAAGUGCCAAAAAAAGGGCAUUGAAUCCAGAUGAGACUAGACAGUACGAGUGGAAUGCACGCACACAAGUAACAAUGUGGUACGACAACACCAAGAAUAUGCAGAGCAAGCUUCAUGAUUAUGCAAAUAAGUUUUGGAGCGGCCUAUUAGAGCAUUACUAUCUUCCACGUGCAUCGUUGUAUUUUGCACGACUGUUGAGAAGUUUGAAAGACAGUGAAGAUUUUAAGGUGGAUGAAUGGAGAAAAGAGUGGAUUGCAUUCUCUAACAAGUGGCAAGCUGGUUUCGAGCUUUACCCGGUAAAGGCUGAGGGGGAUGCUUUUGCCAUAGCUAAGGAACUUUAUCGAAAAUAUUUCACUUAG